AUGCACGGAUGGCCUCACAAUCUCAACAUGCGAUUUAAUUUAAACUCACUGGGACUAGGCUCCCUCUACACAUCAGUGCUCUCUUUUUACUUGGGUCAGGAGUCGAGUUCUGUAACACAUGAACCUGCCCUCCCGCCAUCUUACCCGCUAGCAGUGCGCAACCCGUAUCUAUCGGCAUGGAUGCCCAGCGACCGAGUACAGCAGCUACCCUCUGCCGAACCCCAAUUCUGGGCUGGCCAGGAGCUCGGCUGGUCCGUGAUUGUCCGUGUAAAUGGUCAGGCAUAUAGUCUGAUGGGUGUGCCAGACCCGGAGGAAAGCGAUAUCCGCCCUGCGACAGUGCAUCGUGCUGAGUUUACUGCUACGCAUUCAAUCUUUGAUCUCACGGCUGGUUAUUUGACUGUACAUGUAUGUGGAGCGCGCGGUCAGAGUAUCCAGGUGUAUUCGGAUAUUGAUGCCAGGUGGACUGGCCGAGAAAGCCGCUCACAGCGCGACUUUGAAGAACAAGACGGCCUGAUCAUUUACUCGCUCACGGUCAAAGACGCACCGUUGUAUGCUGAGGCAGACGACAUGGCUCUUUGGGGUUCAGCAAUCUUCGCCUCUCGACCUUCUAGCUUUGCUCAACUGUCCUCCCUCUCAGGAAGUCCCAAUGACGUACGAGGCCUAUUCGCCAAGGACGGCGAGCUAUCUGGCGAGGAUGAUGCCUGGGGCGAGGGAAGUGUUGUCGCACUGGCUCACAAUCUUGGUAAAGUGACUGGUGGACUUUCUGUGAACUUCGUGGUCGGGUACGAGAGAGAAGCCGCCAUCAACUAUCUGGGAGAAGAGUACACAGGUUUCUAUCGCACAGAGUACCCGACCACACCGAGUGCCCUCUCGUUCUUCUUGGAUGACUACAGCAGCGCAUUGCUAGAGUCCUUGGAGCUAGAUCGGGAGCUGUCCGCCUUAUCUACCGCCGCAGGGGGUCCCAAGUACGCGGAUAUCCUAGCUCUUUCGACCCGACAAGCAUACGGAGGCAUCGACUUGGUUAUUCCUAAUGACUCUCUUGACACCGGUGAGGUUUUGGCUUUUAUCAAGGAACUUUCUAGUGAUGGAAAUAUCAACACCAUCGAUGUUAUCACGCCCGCCUUUCCAAUUUACUACGUCAUGGAUCCGGAUUACAUCCGACUGUUGCUGGAGCCCGUGAUGAAGUACCUCGCUGCUGGCCGCUGGCAUUUGCCAUACACAAUCCAUGACCUUGGCGCUCAGUAUCCUCAUGCUAUUGGUCACGAUGACCAGGAAGCAGAGCCAAUGCCCAUCGAGGAGUGCGGAAACCUGCUUAUCUUAGCUGCUGCAUAUGUUCGAGCCACCGGCGAUUUGGACUGGACUUUGCAGUACAUGGAGGUCUUCCAAAAGUAUGCAGAUUACUUGGUGGACAAUAGUAUCAAUAUUGCUGAUCAGCUAUCGUCGAAUGAUGCAGCUGGACCUCUCGCAAACGAGACAAAUCUGGCCAUCAAGGCCGCAGUUGGACUCAAGGCGUUUGGGGAGAUGAGUGGAUAUGGGUUUUACUCCCGCGUCGGCGAGGAACAUGCAAAUAUCUUAUUUCAGAAAGGUCUGGGAACAGACAAAGAUCAGACACAUUUUGUUCUGGAAUAUCCUGACUGGCCAAAUACUUGGAAGACCCCAUACAAUCUCUUCCCUGAUGUAUUGCUGGGUCUGGAGACAUUCUCCGACGCUGCCUAUCAAAUGGGAGGUAGAUUUUUCACAACUGUUCGCGGUGAAUAUGGUGUCCCUCUCGAUAAUCGUCAGGACUGGGCCAAAUCAGAUUGGAAUAUGUGGCUGGCUGGCACCUUUGAGACGAGCACCAGGGACGAGUUCGUCGAUGACUUGUGGUCAUUCAUGACCAACGGAAAACACAACUGGCCUUUCUCUGAUCGGUAUGUUGCAACUUCUGCGCACGGAAAUGAACCAGGAGUUCCUAUCUUGUGCCGGGCCCGUCCGACUCCCCGCCCCAACUUCGGUGCUCAAGGCUACCCUAUUUCGAAUGGUGCGGCUGCGGGUCCUGUCCCCGGUGCCACGCCGCUUCUCCCCAACAAUGGCCGUGUGAUUCAGAGCGGCCCGACACGAAUCUUGUGUAUUGCGGACGUGCGAGGCAACUUGAAGUCUCUUAACGAGCUUGCGAAGCAGGCCCGCGCCGACCAUAUCAUUCACACCGGUGACUUUGGCUUCUACGAUGACACUUCCCUCGAGCGGAUUGCAGACAAAACAUUGAAGCAUGUGGCACAAUAUUCCCCCCUCCUUCCUGAGAACGUGAAACGGUCCAUCGCACAGGUAUCUCCCCAGCAGUCAAUUAAGCAGCGCUUCCCGCCCGAGCAACUGCCCCUCUCCGAGCUCUCCAUGCUUCUGGACAAACGCAUCACCCUUGAUGUCCCGGUUUAUACAGUUUGGGGUGCCUGUGAAGAUGUGCGCGUGUUGGAGAAGUUCCGCUCGGGUGAGUACAAGGUAGAUAAACUUCACAUUAUCGACGAGGCCAACUCGCGCCUUCUUGAUAUCGGUGGCGUGAAGCUCCGUCUACUGGGUCUGGGAGGUGCCGUCGUGAUGCAUAAGCUUUUCGACAAUGGCGAAGGAAAGACGACUAUUGCCGGCGGCCAAGGUACCAUGUGGACAACACUUUUGCAGAUGGGCGAACUCAUCGACACCGCCAAUCGUGUCUACGACCCCUCCGAGACUCGUGUCUUCGUCACCCACGCUUCCCCUGCCCGCGAGGGCAUGCUGAACCAGCUUUCUGUUACGCUCAAGGCCGAUUUUUCCAUUUCGGCCGGUCUUCAUUUCCGCUACGGUUCCUCGUACAAUGAGUUCUCCGUGAACCCGUCUUUGGACCACUACCGCGGCAAGCUUGCUGCCUCCAAGGCAUCAUUCAACGAUGUCUGGGAGACGGUCAAAAUCGAGGUUGAGGCAGCCAUCUCCUCUAAUGAUGGACAGAAGACUCUCCUAGAGAAUGCCCUGGAUGUUGUUCACAAGAUGCCGUCCAUUGCCAAUGGCGGUAAUCCAUUCGGAGGCCCCGUUGCCGCUGGUAAUGCUGCUGGACAGGUUGACGAGAGUGCAUUCAAGAAUAUGUGGAACUUCAACUUGGCGGAUGCCGCGUUCGGAUAUCUCGUACUAGAGGUUGAAGGUGGACGCAUCGCGACAGAGAUGCGGGCUCAGGGAUUCAACUUCGCCCACCGCACUGGAAAACCCCAGCCAGGUGGUGCCCCUCAACCUGUAUCCAGCGGUCUCCCAGCGACCACUGCCUCACCCGCCCCGACCGGCGCUGCCCGGACCCCUGUCGUGGCUCCCCAGUUCGGCCAAGCCCCUCCCGCGCGUGCACCCAUUCCUCAGGCCCAGAAGGGACCGAGAGCUUCCCCUGUUCCCGUGAUUCCCAAGUCCAUUAGCCCGCAGCCACCUGCUGCCGCCUCUGCUCAGCCCGUCGGGGAAGAGAAGACUGCGGCUGCCGACACUAACGGUACCGCGCCGCAUGAAAAGCCAAGUGAAUCACCUGCACCUCGUGGCGAAAAGAAGCCCGCAAAUGCUCUUUUUGUAACAAGUGCUGAAAGCGAACAGGCUGUCCGUGACCUCAUCUCCGAGGAGGACCGAUCAAAGAUUACCAAGAUCGAAAAGCUCGGCAAGUACAACCACGUUGUGACAUUCUCGGGCGCCGAAGAGGCUAAGGCGGCUUUGGACCACCUCCCUAUUGAGUUGAAGAAGCCUGGUCCUACUCCCCAUGGCCAGCAACGUAAGCCCAACUUCAAGUUCUUCGAGGACCGCAGCACUCGCGCUGCUGUGGGCAAUGCUGGAACUUGGCAGUCCAGCACCCGGGGUGGCAUCACAACCGCUCAGCGUGGGUACCAGAGCGCCAGUGACAGCGAUGGUAGUCGCCGUGGUGGAUUCGGUGGCCGUGGUCGCGGAGGCCGUGGCAGUGGCGAGCGAGGCCGUGGUGGUCGUGGCGGAGGUCGGGGUGGCUUCAAGAGCGGCCCAAAUGACUCUCCUGCCCCCUCAGGCGACAAGCCUGUUGCAUCCGGUGACGCCUGA